UUGUAUCAAUAUUCUCAUAAUCGUUUCAGACAGCCGGAGGAACAAAAAUAUCAAUAAGCAAGAGCCGCUAUUGUCAGUCACCUCAAAAAAUAACUGGAUAUUAUCCGCGCGGCACGGGUCGAGACCCUCAUGAUGUGAACGCGCGGCCGAACCUGAACAGCGCAUCUCGGUUAUUUAUUUUUUUCUAAUGUGUUUUGAAACAAUAAGAUCUGCUUUGAAUCGAAUUUACUCGGCAUUGUCUGCUUUUGUCAGCCAGGAUCGCGCAUUCCUCGCCUUGUGUCCGCUCUGUCAUGACGGUGCGAAUUGUGAACGUGAAAAGCGACUAACGGAGACCUGACUUUAAAGAAGUGAACCUGUUACUGGAAGAAGACAAACAAAAAAAAAGGAGAAGAUGUUCAAUCAACAGCAACUCCAGCAACACCUCCGGCAGAUUCAGCAGCUAUUCCAACAACAACAGCAGCAGCAGCAACAACAACAGCCGCAGCCGUCGGCACCUCCACCGCCUCCACAACCGCCGGCGCCGCAGCAGCACCGUACUCUGCAGCAUCACCACCAAGGCGGACGAGGUCUACAGCCACAACCUGCACCCCCACCCUCUCGUUUGCUGAACCUGUGUCCUGCCAGCCGGGCAGCUCUACUUACUGCUAAUCCAAUGCUACAGGGAGCUCUGCUGAUGCAGCAAAUGCAAGGAAACCUAAGAGGUUUUGCAAUGAGUCCCCAGCAGUUCUUUCCACCAGGAGCUCGACCUUCCUUGCUGGGUCCAGCGCCCAUGGGGGUUGCUCUGAAAACUCCACGGAUGCCCUUCUCCAAUCGGCCAUACCUUCCACAAAGUAGAACUUUCAAUAAGGACUUUGUCAGGGUACCAGACAGAAAGAGAGAAAUGGAACAGAGACCUUCAGCAAGUAUUGGUGAUGUCCAAAAGGAGCAUUCUGUGACGAAUGAGCUGAUCAAGAAAAAUUCAAGUAGAGAUGAUGCUGUAAAUCCAGAAUGCCAGACUGAAUGUUCAGAGGGAUCCCAGGAUGAACCAGCACCAAAGAAGCAGAAGCAGGAAAGCUCUGAAGACCAGACGGCAGAAGAAAUUGACUGUGAUGAGCAAAAAAAUCAGUGUGCAAGCAGUAAGACAUCCAGAAGUAAUGAACAAGGCGAGUCAACAGAGUGUACAGCUACUGAAGAGGCAAGUAGCAUGGAUGGUGCGGAGGCCUCGGAGUUUGCUGAAGAGAGCAGAGCAUCUGAGGUUCUGAGUGCAGGAGGAUCGCUCAAAGUGACAAUUCAGCAGAGCAGUGAAAGCCGGGCCAUCAGCACAAGUACAUUAGAGGGGGCAACCAGAAAUAAUGAAAAGACAUCUUGUGACACAGACUCUGAAUUGCCAUCUAAAUUCUACUGUUACAUCUGUAACAUUACUUGUUAUAAUCAGCAGAAUUUUCAAACCCAUAUGAAUGGCCUUGCUCACCAGCAGCGCAUGAUGGAGAUCCAACACAUGAGCAAUGCCUGCCUUGUCACCCUGCUGCCAAAGGUUAAAGAGUCCCUGCAAGGACAAAGCCAGGUGCGACGAGACGGAGAAAAGAGACAAACCAUUCAACGAUGGUGCAGUACCUGUCAGAUUUAUUUCACUGGUGAUAUUAUUGAGCAUCGUCGAACAAAAGAACACAAGUUGUCCAAGCAUUCCUCGCGGCCAUUCUGUACUGUCUGCAAGCGACAUGUCAGAACACCACGCAAGUUUGUUGAGCAUAUGAAAUCUGCAGAACAUAAGCAGCGGGUUUUGGAGUUGAGAACUGACUCUCAUGGCAUCCCAGAAAACCCAGAAGAUCUGAUUACCGUUGAUGCAAUUGGGUGUUUUGAAGGAGAGGAGUAUUGUGAAGAGGACCCAAGCGAAGAAGAUGAUGAUGAUGAAACCUUUGAAACAGAAACUCAACAGGAAAGUACCCAAGUGCCGAAGGAAGUAACACUUGAAGAUAUGAAUGAAAAUACUCAGUACAAUUCUGAGACACAGUAUGGGUCCAGUUUUGUGAUUCCCGUUGCUGGCUUCCUCUGCAGACUUUGCCACAAGUUCUACCAUUUUGAGUCAGCUGCUAGAGUGUCACACUGCAAAUCACUUGCACACUUUGAACAUUUGCAGAAAUACAGAGCAUCAAGGCAACGGGAAGAGCCUAUAAAUAAGGACCCAGUCACCAGGCUUGGGAAACCACAUGAAUGCUACUGUGAAGAAGCCGACAAGAAACAGCAGUCAGUGCUUGCCGGUUCAGAAACUGACAUUAGUCAAAACAAAGAGGUGCAAGACUGUGAUGGGGUGAAUUCAGACAAUAUAGUGUUAACUAGAGCAGAAUCAAAACUCCUGGACCAUACAAAUGCUAUCCCUAAUGACUUGAACAAACAAAGUGGUGACAACAAUGCCACAACCCCAGACAACCAUGUGAAAGAUCCAAAAGAUGAUGUUUUGGAUUUACAAAAUGUAGCUACUUUGUCCUCUCCCACAGAGGGAAGGACUGACACAGAAUGCUGCUCAACAGAAAAAGUGAAAGAAGAUCAGAAAGAAACAGACUGUGGGGCCCAACAGUGUACUGACAGUCCAGUGGCUAAAAGGCCAGUAGAGGAGAAUGCAAAUAAAGACUGUACUGUGGCCAAAGAGAUGGCCACUGCUCAGCUGGAUGCUGAGCCUGCAAGCAUUGAAAGUAAGGAAGCAACCGAGUCUCUUGAACCAUUAAGUGAAAACAAGGAAGCUGAAGAUGAGAAAGAAACGGUGACAGCCGGGCGCUCCCGUGGUGCCGUUCAACCUGCUCAGAGGAAACGAUCAGCGUGGACAGCUAGGAAAACACGCUGAUGUCCGUUUCCGGAACGAAGAGUGACAAAAAGACUUUUGGCAAAAUGUAGAUAGAACCAUUUUUUUAACCUUUUAUUCAUCCCCACCUCAUCCUCAAGUGGUUGAUCUCUUUUCUUAGAUAUCAGGCUGUAGAUUUGCACACAGCUUAUUAAGCCACCUUUUUCUCCUUUGACAUCCACAUCUGACUAUAGUGUCAAUAAUUUGAUCUUUUUUGAGGAUUGUUUUCCGUGCCCAGUUUUCAAAAAAACUGGCACUGUGGCACAUAUCUCAAUAGAAUACUUACCUUUUAUCAUGUCGACUGCUGGCCAGUAGAAAAGUGAUGAAGUGAACUUUGAAAAGCUCCAUUUUGUUUUUUUUGGGGGGCGAGGAUUAGAUGAUGUAAGGAUUCCCCCGCCCAUCCAUUGUUUUUUAUUUUUAAAAGAAGAAGAAAAUCACACACUUGUAUGCGUUUAACUCCAUUGCAGAUGAUUGGUGAAUACUGAUAUGUCACAAGGACAUAUUAGGUGUGUGAGGAAAAUGAAUUCCAGCAGCCAUUUGAAGGACCUCAUCUUUGUUGACCUGCCGUCCUUCCUAGUAGAUGCUACAGUAUGUGAUUUUUAAGCCAUUUUGUGACUUUUCCAAAACCUCUAAAGGUUUUGUUGAAGGAUGCUGGUUUUUUAAAAAAAAAAAAAAGUAAAAAAAGUCACGGUUACGGUUUAAUGUAAAAUGUAUUUCUUAGUUACUAGUGCUACGAACUAGGUACAGACUAGUAACCGUAUACAUAGACUGUUGUCUGAAUGCGUUUAAACAAUACUAGUUAGCGUGACCAGAAACAUUUUUAUUUAAUGAAUUAAAUAUUUUUACCUUCUCAUCAAGGUACAGUCUGAUGGGGUGGGAAAACACCUUCAUAGAUUAGUUGGUAAUUAAUGGUUGCAUACUUAGUAUGCAAUGAAGUUGACCGAGACACAGACAGUUUAGGACCUUCUGGCACAGUGCAGUUCAGGUAAAUGGGGGAGGCGGAGUGACUGUUAGGUUCCAGGAUGCUAGACUAGUUAACUGUACAUGUGACUCAGAAACGGUGUGUGUGUGUGUGUAUGUGUCUAAUGUGUUGCUUCAGGGUUGGCAGGAAAGCCCCCCACCCAAGCACACUUGAUUGGUCUCGACGUCUCCUAAACAUAACUCAACAUGUUACUAAAGCAGGAUAUAUGUUCUGUUUGUAUAGGGUUGACCGUAAAGGCCCAUUCUGAAUACACUCGGUUAGUCGAUACUCAGAAACGUCUGCUCAUUUUAAAUUUUUUCAGUUAACCUAAUGUGUACUUCUUGCAGGUUAACCUCCUUAGCGUUAUGUUUUUCG